AUGGCACCAGCUGCUACAAGAACUCGAAGGAAGUGGCAAAAACUUGAGGAAAAAAAGAAGCAAAAAUCAAUGGCAGGGCCUUGUGAGUAUGCUACAACUACUUCUUCAAGCUCUCAAGAACAGGUUAACAAGAAUGUUGAGGAGGAUAAUAAGGAAGAUAAAUCUACACAUGGCUGUUCUACACCAAAGGCUAAAAGGUUCAGAAUACCAGAGGUUUUAACAUGUCCACCAGCUCCAAAGAAGAGAAGAGUAACACCCACUUGCUCAUUGAAUAGAUCCCCAAUAGCAUUUUUUGCUUCACCUGAUAUAGAGCUAUUUUUCUUUUCUGCACUUAAAAAUGUAUCAGCUUAG